CGUCAACAAGCCCGCGCAAUUUGGUCGUAAGCGUGCUGAGAUGAGGCUUUUGGUUAGGUCCCACUUUGGGGACUCAUUUGUGGUGUCUGUUGGGCCGUAUGAAUCCGUAAAGUCAUUAAAAGAUAAGAUUUCGAAUGUCACUGGCAUACAAGCUACCACCCAAUCUCUUUAUCAUCAUGGCUCUCCUUUACUAGACAGUACACUUCUAGGAGACUAUGAUAUUACGGAUCUGGACAAUGUUGAUGUAAAUUGUGAACUUCGAGGUGGAGGAAAAAAGAGGAAGAAAAAGAAUUACUCAACUCCAAAGAAAGUUAAACACAAGAAAAAGAAAGUUAAACUUGCAACUCUGAAGUUUUACAAAGUUGACUCAAAUGGUAAGGUGACACGACUACGCAGAGAAUGCCCCAACGAUAAAUGCGGUGCAGGAGUAUUUAUGGCCAGUCACUUUGAUCGUGAAUAUUGUGGAAAAUGUACACUGACAUAUAAACAUGUAAACAAGUAAAAAUAAAGUAAGAAGACUUGGUGUUUGUU